AUGGCAGAGAAGCCUGCGUCCAAAGUCGCCGUCAUCGGUCUUGGUUCCUGUGGCCUAGUAACACUCAAGAAUCUUCGUGAAGCCGGCUUCGAUGCGACUGGAUACGAGAGCAACAACUAUGUCGGCGGCCUGUGGGAGCACACUGAGGAGCCAGACAAGACGUCCGUUCUGAAGACGACUGUGGCCAAUCUUUCGAAGCAGCUGUCAUGUUAUACGGACUACGCCUACCCGGAUGAUGUCCCCAACUACGCAACGGCGGCACAGACGGCUCAAUAUCUGAGGGACUACGCCCAACACUUUGGACUUCUGCAGCAUGCAAAGCUGGGAAUGAAGUUGUCGAAAGCAGAGAGGCAUGAUGAUGGCUGGCUCCUAAAAAUGAUCCAGCUCUCCACCAAAGAAGAACAGCAGAUCCACGUCGACAAAGUCGUAAUGUGCGUAGGCCUCCAAGUUCAAACCCCCAAACUGCCCACAAUCAAAGGCCUCGAAACUUUCACCGGCCAAGCAACCCACUCCAACAACUACAAACUCGGCUCCACCUUCACCGGCAAAAGAGUCGUAGUCGUCGGUCUAGGCAACACAGGCUGCGACACGGCCGUCGACCUCACCAACCACACAAGCACCGUCUGGCUCUCCCACCGCAAAGGAGCAGCGUUCUUCUCCCGCACGAACGCCAAAACCGGCAAGCCUGGCGAUCAUAUGAUGAGCGUGCGCCUCACGAUGCUAGCGGGGAUCUUCAAUAAAUAUCUCCCGGGUCUCGCGCAGAAAAUGAGCCUUCUAGGCAUCAAAGCCGUGCAGAAACGCACGUUCGACGUCAAAGCCGAGUGGAAUCUCGGCGAGAUCCUGCCACCGACGAGGAAAGUCCCCGUUGCGAAUGACAAGUUCGUCCCAGCCCUCCACGAAGGGAAGAUAGAUCUCAGACCCGCGCUGCAGGAAGUGAAUGGCAGCACGCUCACUUUCUCGGAUGGCUCUACCCUGACGGACAUCGACGCCAUAAUCUUCGCCACAGGCUUCCGGUCAGAUUACAGCUACAUGUCCCCCUCCGUGGACCCAACACGGGACCCUCCCAAAGAAUGGUCCUCCCUCCCAGGCUUUGACUCCCGCCCUCUACCUCGCUUAUACCAAGGGAUUUUCUCCUUGGACCACCCCACCAGCCUCGCCUUCCUCGGCACAUCCCCCUUCAGCUUCAUGGCCUGUCUCAACUACGACAUCUCCAGCCUGGCCGUCGCGCAGGUCUGGACGGGGAAUUCCUCCCUCCCCUCCCCCGCGGAAAUGUCCGCGCACGUCGACGCGCAGCACGCCUCUAUUCUCGAAAUCGCCAGGACGGGCGAGCUCGCGAAUGUCAAUUUGAGGAAUAAUUGGGAGUGGUUCAAGUGGUGCGAUGACGUCGCUGGUUUGGGCGUGGCGAAGAGGGUUGGGUAUGGGGUUGAAGGGUGGAAGUUUUGGUUGAGGGAUAGGAGGAUGUGUAAGUUGGUCAUGGAUGGAUUGUUGAGUCCGCAUAUGUUUCGGUUGUUUGACGAGGGGAAGAGGAAAGCUUGGGAGGGGGCGAGGGGGGAGGUUGUGAGGGUGAAUGAUAUGGCGAGGAGGGGAUGA